AUGGGCCAGGAGAAAUCUCUGCCCUCCAGAUGUACCUCCGCACAUGACUACCACCAUCACCACCAUCAUCACCACCACCACCACCACCACACGAGCCCGUCGUCGACCGCCUCCACGACCUCGUCCGCCGUGCCGUCCCGCUCGCCGUCCACCGCUUCGACGACCUCGUCCGCCUCGUCCGCAUCGGCCGCCUCCUCGUACAAGAGUGUCGAGCGGCAGACGAAGUACCUGAACGAGCACCUCUACAUCAAGUCCUACCUCGACAUCGAGGAGGAGGACCGUAACGCCAAGCUGCUGUUUCAGAAGGUGCGCCCCGGUGGCAUCCGCAACUACACGCCCAAGAUACUGUCCGAGAACCCGAAGCAGGACCUCGAUGUGUGGAUCUAG